AUGGCAAGCCAAGGAUCUGCAAACCGUUUGGCUCGGUUUGUGCAAGAGAACCGCGUAGCGGUGAUUGCGCUGGCGGCUGCGGCAACUGUCGCAGGUGCCGCUGGUGUCUACUACUACAACAGCGCCCCCUCUGCCGGCGGAAAGCCCGGUGCGGGCACCACCGAAGGGGACAAGCCUGCUUCUUCCAAGAAGAAGAAAGCCAAGAAGGGCAAGAAGAGCAAGACGUCAGUGGAAAAGGGUGAAGGCCCGAUCCUCGAUGAUGCCGAAGACGACCACCUGGCCCAGCUCGACACGGCCGAGGUGCAGCGUCUUCCUGCCGAGCGCCGCGAAGGUGUUGCGCAGCACCUCAAGGGUCUGGGCAACAAGGCGUACUCCUCCAAGAAGUUUGAGGAGGCGAUUACGCACUACACCAAGGCGAUUGCUGCCGCACCGUCGGCCGUCUUCUUCAGCAACCGCGCUGCGUGCUACGCCAACCUGAACAAGCCGCAGGAGGUGAUCAAGGACUGCAACGAGGCGCUCAAGAUCGACCGCACAUACGUCAAGGCGCUCAACAGGCGCGCGGUCGCCGCCGAGCAGCUCGGCGAGCCCGCCGAUGCGCAGGGCGCGGAGGGCGACGCUGCCCGCCAGCACCUCGAGCAGAGUCUCGCCGACUUCACCGCUGUCGCGAUCCUCGGCCACUUCCGCGACACGGCCGCGACGGCGAGCGUCGAGCGCGUGCUCAAGAAGCUCGCGUCAGGCAAGGCGCAGCUGCAGCUCAAGACGCGCGAGCCGCGCCUGCCGUCGCCCACCUUUGUCACGGCCUACCUCGAGGCUUUCCGUGCCAAGAGCCCCCCGACGAUCCCCGACGAUGCGCCGCAGGGCGACCUCACGCUGAAGCGCGCGCACGAGGCGCUGCAGGCGCGCGACUACCCCCACGCGCUGACGCUCUUCAGCGAGGCCAUCCAGCAGGGUCUGAGCAACAAGGAGCUCGAGGCGAACGCUUACAACAUGCGCGGCACCUUUAUGUUUGUCAUUGGCCUCGCCGACAAGGCGCUCGCUGACUUUGACAAGAGCACUGAGCUGUGCCCCGACUAUGUCCAGAGCUGGGUCAAGAAGGCGAGCGUCCACAUGGAGCUCGGCGACAAGGACGAGGCCUUCCGGGACUUUGACCGUGCGAUCAAGGCGAACGCCGAGGACCCCGACAUCUACUACCACCGCGGCCAGGUCAACUUUAUCCUUGGCGACUUCGACGCGGCGAUCGCCGACUACGAAAAGUCGACGUCGCUCGACGACACCUUCAUCUUCUCGCAGGUGCAGCACGCUGUGGCGAACUACAAGCUGGGCAACAUUGCGCGCAGCACGGCUGCCUUCCGCCGCAUCCUCAAGGCGUUCGAGGACGCUUCGGAGGCGUACAACUACUACGGUGAGCUGCUCCUCGACCAGCAGCGCCACGAGGACGCGAUCGCCAACUUUGACAAGAGCAUCGAGCUGGAGCGCGCGGACCCCAAGAGCACAAACGUGCUCGCGAUGAUCAACAAGGCCCUCGUCCUCUUCCAGUGGAAGCAGGACCUGACCGGCGCCGAGGACCUGUGCCGCAAGGCGCUCGAAAUCGACCCGGACUGUGACGUGGCGCUCGCGACCCUCGCGCAGCUCAGCCUGCAGCAGAGCAAGAUCCCGGAGGCGAUCGAGUACUUCCGCCGCUCUGCCGAGAUCGCCCGCACCGAGCCCGAACUGGUGAACGCAAUCACUUACGAACACGCCUCGCGCGCACAGCUGCACUUCAUCCGCGACUACCCCGAACAGGGCGCGGCACUGAGCCAGAUGGCCAGCUCCCUCGUAUAG